AUUGACGAUCGGCAUACCUGGCCUAGUCUUUAAGAACGCUUUAUGGGUAUCACGUGUGCUCUUUGGCCCUAGCGUGAUAAGAUGUAAGGGUUGAGGUUAUCUUGCUAUCUUGCUAUCUGCAAUCUGCCCGAUAUCGCUCUUGGUUCUUAAUCAAGUCCGAGAGCUCGGCCGAGGUGAUAGGCUGAUAUGCAUAUAAUAUCACUGGCUUUGCUUCUGCGAUAAGUAUAACGGCACUUUUGUUUUCCCGAGAAGCUGUGCGACCAGUCCCGUCUGAAGCCGUCCAACAAUAGAAAUCGUCGGCCAUGAAUCCGUCCGCACAACGGAAACGACUGGCAUGCUCCGAGUGUACCAGACGCAAGAUAAAGUGUGACAAGGUACUACCUUGCCGGAACUGCACACGCCGUGGAAGUGCUUGCUACCGAAAUGAGCAACACCGAAGGGCGGCGUUGAGAUCGCCUGCAAUUACUCCAGCCGAUCCAGCCGUGCUCGCGGAUAAUUUGACCGCUUGCAUCCGCGAUCUGCAAGAAACGCUUCAGGCAGUCAGGAAGCCUCCCUCAUCCGCUUGUGACUUCCAAGACAGUGCUGUAUCUGUUGCAGUAGAUACUCCCGUGGACACGGCGAAUGCCACACCGGCACUAUCGGAGAGCGAUCACAGGUCUCGACAGAGUGGCACUUAUACCCAUGCCCUUUCAAGUCCCGAGUCGGUAGGAGUCGAGGAUGCCGCGACCAUUCUCGAGUUUUUAGCUUGGGGCCGAAGGAAAGUUUCCACAUACGAUGACGUUGUUGGUUCUGAUACAAACAGCGGGCCAUCUCGCUUUUCGGGGGAUGUUGCGUUAGAUCAAGAUGCAGCCGCAGACCCAGCAGCUUCACAGCUGCAUCUGUCAGAUCAAUCUUCGCUUUCGCUCCUACAACUGCUACUUCCACAAAAGCAGAGCACUGUAGCCAUUGUCAGGUAUCAUUGCGAAUGUUUACUCUGGUACCAUGGAUCUUUCCACGGACUGGUAUUUCAUAAGGAACUCGACUUGUUUCUUAACAAUCACCAAGGGCUGAUUGAUCAUUCAGGUGUAGAUCUACAAUGGGUGGCGCUGUUGUUUGCUGUUCUUGCAGCUAGCAUGGCCUGCGCUCCUCGACCCGUUGCAAGCUCGUGGGGAUUCGAGGAUCAAGAGCGCGCAACAAUGGCUCAGCGAUGCUUCAAAGCGGCCCUGAUAUGUUUGAAUCGGGCAAACUAUACAGCGUAUCACUCCAUGUACGCGGUGCAGUGCAUCACGACCAUGACCAUGAGCGCGCAUAUGUUGGGCCACUCCAACAGUCACUCAGUAAUGCUGGCAUCAGCGGUCAGAAUCUCCCAGAGCCUAGGCUUCCACCGCCUAGGAAGCUCAAGUGAGGAUCAUCCAGCAAAUACAAUAAAGAGGGAAACCGGACGAAGAGUCUGGACAGAACUUUGUAUUCAGGAUUGGUUCUCAAUCCCUUUCUCAGAAACCUACUUAAUCCGUCAACUUGACUUUAACACAGACAAGCCUCGUAAUUGCAUGGACGAGGAUAUGCUCUCGUUACCCGAUGAGGUUCCUACAAUAAUGACCUACCACCGUUUCCUAUAUGAUAUUGCCCUUCUUAUGCCACAGAUGCACGACGACCUAAGCCGAUCAAAUACAAUGUACGCAAAGUAUGAACAUGUUCUUCGAUAUGAUACGCGAAUGCGCACACUAGCAAGCAAGCACAUCCCCCAGUGUUUGAAGAGCGUAGCCCUAGAGCCAUCCUGGCCACGCUACGUGCCGUGGGCUCGACAUUGUCUCACCAUCAGCUCCGCCCACAAAAUCAUCAUGAUACACCGCAAAUUUUUAUGGCAGAGUUUCACCAACCCUGCCUUCAACUUCACACGCAAGACUUGUAUUGCAGCCUCAAAGACGAUUAUUCGUGCGCAGAAACAGGCUGCGAAGGAUGAUGGGCCAGACUUGUGGAUUUACCACGCAUUCAGCGUGGCAGCUAGUAUAAUCCUUUGCCUAGACAUGAGAUUUCGAUCGCCCUCCGACUCCGAAUACCGCGAGCAUCACGCUCUCAUUCGUGACACGAUAUCAAUUUUAUGCCAAAGCGAGACCAGCAUGAUCGCAAAGCGCGGAGUGAGAAUCCUUCGUCUGUUGCUUCAGCUGGAACAAGAUCGUAUUUCAAAACCAGCUCCAGAACAGACACAUCCAGAUGCACGGGGUGAAGGACCUAGUAUCAUUGCCACCAAUGAUAACUCUUAUCGAUAUCAUCGCGAGACGAGUAUAGAUGGGGACAAGCUUGCUCUCGAUAUCCACAGAUUAGUCGGCCAAGUGUUCUCUGAACAGGAAGUUGUUUCUCAGCAGAGCUCUUCGAAUUUCCGUGAGAAACUGUAUCAACAGAACGCAGCAGGACAACGUCUGGGAUCGACUUUAGUAUCAUCGCCGCCAAACAUGACAUUUUAUGAUAGCGAUAAUAAUAAUAAUUGGCCAUGGCCUGAUUCAACACAAGAUAAGUAUGACCUGAGAAGAUAUCCAGAAGAUGCAGCAAUGGGCACUGCCUCAGGUGUGCAGUCUCGGUUUGCGAUGAGUGAUUCAUUAGAAGAUAUUUUGUUCUUGGCGCAAAACUGUGGUCCGGGCUGAAACUUUUCGCUCAGCGAACCAAUUUUAUUUUUAUAGUUCAAUAUCUUCAAUUACAUGGUUUCUUGUAAUUGCCCAAAACCGUUGGUGGUCAAUUAUCCUGACAGAAUGAGCCAUAAGACAAAGGAUGUAGCUCUACACGUGACCAACCUCACAGAAUGAACGCAAAUAUAAACAUCUGCUCGGUCAUAA